AUGCUUCCGCACGGGGAUGAAGAUUCUGAAUUUGAUGUUGUUGAUUGUGUCCGCCGAAUGGGAAUGGAGCUACCGGUGAACUGGGCUGGAAAUGCCGUGCUAUAUAGCGAUAUCAGAAGCGGAAAUUCGAGGAAGAAGCAGGGUCAGGAUUGCUUUACUAUUUUUUCACUAUUUUUCAAGUUUUUAUUCCUUUAAUAUUAUUUUUAGUAAUUGCUUCCGUGUUAGAAGACUACCGCAAAGCAAUCGAACCAAAUUUACCCUCUCAUCCGAUCAGUACAUUGCUCAACACCAACUAUUAUUGCUGCCACCGCUACUGUUCUUCGUUCUACACAAUUCUGGAUGUUAUCAAUGAACGUAACACAAUGCCGCUCAACAUAGAAGACCGCAAAACGUACAUUACUCACAAAAUAGCGUUUGAGAACAGCCGCCAUGUUUUGAAGAUAGCUAACGAAACAGUAUGCCGAGUGUUUUACAGCGAUGUAUAUUGUCUACCGAAGUCAUUGUAAGUUUAUAUUGUUGGUUUAGUGAUGUUUUUAGUGUUUACCAAAGCCAGAAAGCAAUCAAGAAUGGAAAAACUGUACCAAAUGUAGACCUAAGAACGGUGUCGAAAGCGAAGCUUCACACCAUAACCGCCAGAAGAGUCGAAGCCAUUACAAAGUUCAUUAAACUUCGACUUGAACCAUCACCGAUGUGUGGCAAAUGCAUGGUUCCUCUGCAGUUUUCCCGAAGAACAUUUGUCAUUUAG